GGGAUGUGUCCCUGCGGUGGGGCAGUGCGGGGCUCCGAGCCCUCUGCCGCUGGCUCCCUCGGUGACUUGAGCUCGUGGUGGCUCCUUCCAGUGCCUCAGACCCAGCAGAAAUAACACGGGCAGGAGACAUGGCUCAGCCUUCAUUUUCCCUCGGCAGAGCUUGGGGGAGUUUGAAGAGAAACUAAAUCAUCUUGAGAUGCUUUGGACGCGUGGGCCAACUCAUCAAGUGUUCUUGGUGUCAUGCCAGCUUGACCUCCGUCCUCAGCUCCUCCUGGUCUCUGCUCUGAUGGCUCUGUCUCUCAGUCUAGCUCCUCGCUGGGGCUGCUCUAGCCUGAGACUCCUUCCAAAACUUGCACUUCAGCUCUUCCAGCCUUCUUCAAGCUUCUCACUGUCUUUUGAUGAGCCCCUUUGGCUUGAUUCUUUCCUUCCUGGUAGGACCAAGAAGCAGAGCGGUUGUACAGCGGGAUCCAGAGCAAGAAUGUGGAUGUGAAGACUGACUCACUGAAGAAGCUUGCAAGCCUCUCCCAGGAUGUUACCUUUGCUCAAGAGUUCAUCAGCAGGAAUGGCUUGAAACAGAUUUACUCUAUUGUGGAAGAAGGGAACGAUACAGGGGAGAUGCUGGCUCACACCCUGAAAGCCUUCACAGAGCUGAUGGAGCAUGAUUUUGUUUCCUGGGAAAAUCUUAGUACAGUCUUCAUCAAGAAGAUAAUGAGUUAUGUCAAUAUGAAUGCAGUGGAUGCAUCCAUCCAGCAGCUCUCCUUGUCUAUCCUGGAGAACAUGGUGCCUACCAGUCGCCUCCUCUUUGAGCUGGUCAAAAAAGAAGUGACGUUGGAUCGUCUUCUCACCCACCUGCAGAGCGAGGCACCUGCCGGCAACUUCAGCACCGAGCGCCGGCGAUCCCUGUGUGCCAAGGAAUUCCGCAAGCUGGGCUUCAUGAACAACAGCAACCCAGCAGAGGACCUCCGCCGUGCCCCACCAGGACUCCUUGCCCUGGACAACAUGGUGUAUUUCUCCAGGAACACCCCCAAUGCCUACAGCAGGUUUGUCCUCGAGAACAGCAGCCGGGAAGACAAACACGAAUGUCCUUUCGCUCGAAGCAGCAUCCAGCUCACCCUGAUCCUCUGUGAGAUCCUGCAUGUCGGAGAGCCGUGCUCGGAGACGGCUCAGGCCUUUUACCCUAUGUUCUUCGGGCAGGAUCAUUUCUUCGAAGAGCUUUUCUGCAUCUGCAUCCAGCUGGUGAACAAGACCUGGAAGGAGAUGCGUGCGACCCAGGAGGACUUUGACAAGGUGAUGCAGGUGGUGCGGGACCAGAUCACCAGGACCCUGGCCCUCAAACCCACCUCCCUGGAGCUGUUCAAGACCAGAGUGAACGCACUGAACUACAGCGAGAUCCUGAAGCUGCGGCAGACGGAGCGGCUGCACCAGGAGGAGACGCUGGCUGUGCCUGUGCUGGAACUGCGGGAGAGGCUGAAGCCGGAGCUCCUGGAGCUGAUCCGACAGCAGCGCCUGCUGCACCUCUGCGAGGGCACCCUCUUCCGCAAGAUCAGCAGCCGCCGCAGGCAGGACAAGCUGUGGUACUGCCGCCUGUCACCCAACCACAAGGUACUGCACUAUGGGGACGUGGAGGAGGGGGUGGAGUCUCCCCCCAUCGAGAGCUUGACAGAGAAAAUUCCUGUGGCAGACAUGAAGAUGCUGCUGGUGGGGAAGGAGUGUCCACACACAAAGGAGAAGAGCUCCGGGAAGCAGAACAAGGAUGUCCUGGAGCUGGCCUUCUCCAUCGUGCACGACGUGGAAGAAUACUGCCUCAACUUCGUUGCCCCCACCCGGUACGAGUUCUGCCUCUGGACGGAUGGGCUGAACGUGCUCCUGGGCAAGGAGAUGACGAGUGAGCGAACACAGACAGACCUCGAUGUCCUGCUGUCCAUGGAGCUCAAGCUGCGGCUCCUGGACCUGGAGAACAUCAGCAUUCCCGACACCCCCCCUCCCAUCCCAAAGCCCCCCAGCAACUUAAACUUCUGCUACGACUUCAACCAUGCAGAGCAGUGAGUUCCUCCCUGUGCCCCGUACCCCCCCCAUGCCCCUCAAAAUCAAACCCCUUCCUCCAGGCCCUGUCCCUCAUCUCUGGCCCAAAGGGACAAGCCCAGGUGCUCGCUGGGGGCUUGGGUGGCCCACCCUUUCCUGCCUGCAUCCUGCCCUCCUGUGAGAACAUGGGAAUGAGCUGCCGAGUAUCAGGCUCUUGUUCAAGGGGGGUGACUCAGCUGCUUUGCCCCCCUGCUGUGGGCAGGCAAAACAAAAUUCUUCCCAGACAGCCAAACCCCUCUGUGGUGGCACUGACCCUACACACACUACAGGCAGGUUUUGGGCAGAGAGGGCAAGGAUGUGGGCAGGAAUAAAGGUACAGGCAGCCCUGGGAUAGCUGGAGCUGGGGUAACACUACAAAGGUACAAAUCUGCACUGCCUGACUUUUGCCAUCAGUGUAGGGGAUCCUUUCUGGACAAGAAGGUGGUUGGGAAAAGGAUAAAACACACCUUUCCACUAAGUUUGUCAAGGAGACAGCAUCUCCCGAGCACGGUGUGCCUGCCAGGUCCCUUCUGCACUGAAAUGUGUUUUUGCUGAGCCCUGUCCUGGAAGGGGGGUGUUUAGGGAACAAGCCCCCUUUUCCCAGCACCAGUCAGCUGGGCCUGGUGAGGAGGAUACCCCAGUCUGCCCUUGCUGCCCAGCACUGUGAUGUUUUGCCAAUCCUGGUGCCUUCCCCCCGCCCUGGGCGGGCACUUGCACACUUCAGCCAUGCUGCUGCACUACUGCACCACGACAAGCUACCUCCUCCCGGCCCCCACGGCCCCCACCCCGGUGCCCUGCACCUCCUCGUGCCUGCAGCUUCUCCCAGGGGUGUUGUGGUAACAACCACAGCCGCAGGUCACGGGGAUCCAGCUGUGCCUCUGCCUCCUGUGUACAGGACAAUAAACACCUGUGGAGAACUCGGA